CAAGUGAAAUAAUAGGCACUUGCGGAAAGCUGGCUGAUGAGCCAUGGCUGCGGCACGGAAGCGCUUGCAAGAACUCUUCGAAAAAUACGACACUUCAGGAGAUGGUGUCAUGUCAGAAGAUGAAAUGACGAUUCUUUUGUCUCGAGUGCUUGGUAUUCCGGAGGGGCGUGCUCAAGAUUGGUUUCAGCAGGCUGAUGGGAAUCGAGAUGGCGUGGUCCAUACCCAUGAGUUCAUUCAAUGGCUCACUACAAAUCCGCCCAUGUGGAAGGAACAUGUAGCCGUGGCAGAUGGAAAGAAGACUGUAGAGGUGAAUUUCGUGAACACAUCUGGGGCAGUCGGCCAGGUAUUCACCCUACAGUUUGUAAACUGCGAAAAUGUGAGCUUCCCGAAGGGAAAUCCUGCUGAAGUGGUGGUGCAACCAGGCGAGACAAAGAGCAUGACACUUUUGCACCUCACUGAGCCCUACAAGUAUCGUUUGCAAGUGUCCUAUCGCAGCGAUGCAAGUGGCAUUGAAGAUGAUCCCAACGCUUUCAAAGAUGCAAGCUUCCUGCAUGACAACUCCAGCAUCGUUGAUCCCAACCGCACCCUGAACCUGGGCAACACGGAGUUUUGGAUGCGCGCCAGGAUGCUGGGUGAUCCGGGCUCAGCUGUGCUGUUUGACCGCGUGCGACCGUAUGAAGUGCAGCAAGGAAGUGUUGGAGAUUGCUGGCUGAUGUGUGCCUUGGGCUCAUUGGCUGCACAUCCAAACAAGUUGAAGAGCCUCUUUGAUGGCAGGCACCUGUCGCAUGAUGGCAAGUACAAGGUAUGGCUGUACGACCUCUUUGAAAAAAAGUGGUGCCAGGUUGAAGUGGAUGAGUUCUUGCCCUGCACCGUGACAGAUGGAAGACCUUGUCCCACCUUUGCACGGCCCUUGGGCAACGAACUCUGGGUCAUGCUGCUGGAAAAGGCCUUGGCCAAGUUCUGCGGUAGCUAUGGGGCUCUAAAUUCUGGCUACCCUGGCUGGGCAUUCCAGGUCCUCACAGGAAAGUCCGAUCUCAUCUUUUUCUUGAACGAGGGCAAGCACUGGCGCAAAUGCGCAGUCAAAAAACCUGACAGCAAAGAAGAUGCAAGGAACCCUCGAAGCAUGCGAAUGGUGUAUUGUGGCUGGGGAAGCAGAUAUAAUACGGAAGACUUGUUCAAGUUUCUCAAGACUCACAUCGAAGACAAACAUGUUUUGGCUUGUUCCAUUGAUCGCAAAGACUUGGGGGUGGAGGCGCGGUUGAAGAAUGGGCUCGUGGUACACCACGCCUACGCCUUGCUCCAGGUGACUUCGGAGAAGAUGGACAACGGACAGCCAUUGAGAUUGGUCCAGUUGGCCAAUCCUUGGGGAAGCGGAGAAUGGAAAGGUGACUGGGCAGACUACAACAUCUUCAACAAAGGCCUUGCUUCGGGCAAGUGGGCAGAGAACCCAGAGCUCUCCAAGCGCAUUGGAGUUGUUCGACGUGAUGAAGGUUCAUUCUGGAUGUCAUAUGAGGACUGGGAGGCGAAUUUCACGAAAGUGACGCUGUGCCCAGUGGGAGGCAAGCCUGUUCCUCCGGGAGAGGCAAGUGAUGAGCAUGUUGACUCAGGGGAACCAACCGGUUUCUUCUCCAGUUUGUUUGGGUGGUAGAUGGUACCUUUGCCUUGAGGCCACCCUUAAAGAAGAUGGCCAGAGAUUCUUAGAGUCGGUUUUGCCAGUUGUGACUGCCCAUGGUGGCAGCUGGGCAUUGUUUGGGCUUGCAAAGCAAGCUCGAUGUUCAGCAAUGCAUUUAGGGAAAUGGAAGCAGCUGCC